CGUUACACAUUCCAUUGAAGAGAGAAUUUUUACUUCCGUCAAUAAUUCUGAGAGAAUGAAAAACAAAAGUGUUAUUUGUCGCAGAUAGUUUGUAAACCGUUAUCUUAUAAAUAAUAAUAUAAGCGUUUUCAUUUUAUGCUGAAAACCCUUAGAUAAAGCCUGAUGCUGCCUUGCUUUUUUGUUUUUCUUGCAGUCCGCCAAUGCUGGCUUUUGUUUUUGUAAGAAAGAUAUAUAUAGCUGCUUGAAGCCUGGACGCGAUGUUUUUGUGAACGACAGUAACCAGUGUAUUUUUAAGUACUACAGUAGUUUGCUUCAGGGCGCAAAUUUGACAUUUUUUGACAAGUUUGAUAAUAAUCGUAACAGAAAUUGGAUUGGUAGGUGAAGGAUGCCAUUCUUGGGUCAGGAUUGGAGGUCUCCAGGAUGGAGUUGGAUAAAAACCGAGGAUGGCUGGAAACGCUUUGAGUUAUUUAGCCAUGAAUUAGAAGACAACAAUAACAACCUAGACAUGAAAGAGUUACAAGAUGAAAAUAAAGAAAAUCUGUUUCCAGGUGAAGAUUGUGAAGUUGUAGCCAAAAAAAGAAAAAAAGAUCAUUUCAACAACAAUACAAAAUCUCAUUUUUUCUAUCAGGAGAAGUGGAUUUAUGUUCAAAAGGAAAGUACAAGAGAAAGACAUGGUUACUGUACCUUAGGAGAAGCUUUUAACCGCUUGGAUUUUUCUAGUGCUAUACAAGAUAUCCGAAGAUUCAACUAUGUUGUUAAAUUGUUGCAGCUGAUUGCAAAAUCCCAGUUAACAUCUUUGAGUGGAGCUGCUCAAAAAAACUACUUCAAUGUUCUGGAGAAGAUUGUUCGAAAGGUCCUAGAAGACCAGCAGAAUCCUAGGUUGAUCAAAGACCUCCUUCAGGACCUUGGUUCCACACUCUGUAUUCUUAUCAGAGAAGUAGGCAAGUCAGUUUUAGUGGGUAACAUCAAUAUUUGGAUCUUUCGCAUGGAGACGAUACUGAACUGGCAGCAACAGCUGAACAACCUUCAGAUACCCAAGCAAGUAAGCAAUGGUGUUACACUUGACGACCUCCCACUCCAUAUGCAAAACAACAUUUUGUGCAAGUUUUCUGAUGGCUGGGAUAUUGUUAACUUUGGUCAAGUGACAUCAGCUUUGCACGUGCUCAGCGAAGACCGGCAUCUGUGGAAAAAACUUUGCCAGUAUCAUUUUGCUGAAAAACAAUCCUGCAGGCACUUAAUUUUGUCAGAAAAGGGGCAUGUGGACUGGAAACUGAUGUACUUCACACUUCAAAAAUAUUACCCAAAGAAGGAACAAUAUGGUGAUACGCUGCAAUUCUGCAGACAUUGUAGCAUUCUCUUUUGGAAGGAUUGUCAUCUUGCUUUAUUAUUCAAGGAUUCAGGACAUCCCUGCACCGCCAAUGAUCCAGAUAACUGCUUUAUGCCAGUUUCACCACAGCACUUCAUUGACCUUUUUAAGUUUUAGUCCAUUCUGUUAACUUUGUUAUUCUUGUAGAGAAAGGCAAACUUGUUGGCUGCUUGUUGUGCUUUAUGUGCAAUAUUUUUGUUUCUAAAAUAAAAGGGCUCUGUGAAAUAUAGUGUUGUAUUGUGAAGGUAAUUGCAAGUUGUAGAAAAGUCAGUGGAUCAGUGGGCCCUGUCUAUAACACACAGAAACAUAUUUGUGUGAAGAGUAAAUCCAUAGCUUUAAAGUGAUGUUAAAAGAUUUUGGGGGGGUAAUUCAGUAAUUGGUGAAGGUCAAAGGAUAGGCUUUUAUUUUGUUUGUAAUGAACGCACUUAGACUAAAGCAUAGUUUACAUAUAUUUAAAAUGUUUACUUUUGUGUAUUUUACUGAGUUCUUUAAAUCUUACAUUAACACAAAGGUGUUAUUGUUCAUUUACCAUUUAAAAAACUAAAACUGCAAAUUUACUUUUUUUAAUGAUAUACUUUUGCUAAAUCUGCUAUGGAACAGAAAGAAAAAUCUGAAUCCAUUAUUUAUGAAAACUGAUUUUGUAUCCUUUUGUUAAAUAUUUUGUAACCUAUCUGUAUCCACAGAUAAUACAAUGGCAGAAAGCAAUGCUUUAACUAGUGAUACCAUUACAAAUAACUAAAUGGUAAUGAUUAAAAGGUUUUGCUUCUGUUUUAAUACUUUUGAGGUGUUUUGUUUAAUUUGUGUUCCUAAUUGUUUUGCUUGAGUCAUAUCCAAUUUAUAACCUUUGACAUGUUGUGACAAAGGGUCUUUUUAUUACUUGGUACACAGUUCUCUCAAUAAACUUCCAUUAAAGGUGGUAACCCGUGAACAUU